CACCAGGAAAGAAGGGAACAGCACUUGCGGUAACCCACUGCCCACCAGAAACGUGUGGCUCCUGUACUAAAGCCUAUGGCAACGAGAGAAUUCAUUACUUAAUGGGUUAAAGUCAACCUUUAUCAUCAUAAUCAUCAUUAGCGUCGGAACGGUAUCGCCUCCCUGUUUAGCUUUCCAGUAUCGCCAUGUCUUGUGUACAGGACCAGAACCUAACCUCUUCACUAAAAAGGAAAGCUCCACAAGCUGAAGUACAUCAUGGAAAAGUCAUUAGAGAAGAUGAAACACACACUCGACAAUACACAGCAGAUGGAAACGUUACUACAGAACAGAUCUACUUGGACUACAAUGCAACCACACCGGUUGAGCCUGCGGUCGUUGACGUCAUCUCAAGGACCUUGUCUGAAGCGUGGGGAAAUCCAAGCAGCCCCUACCCUCAAGGUCAGCUAGCCAAGCAGCUGAUCAACAAAGCCAGGUCUCAGGUCGCUGCAAUGAUAGGAGCUUCCCCCCAUGAAAUCAUCUUCAUGUCAGGUGGUACAGAGGCAAACAAUCUGGUAAUCCACACGGCCAUAGAGCAUUUCAAGAACUCAUUGAGAACAUCAUCAUCUGAGCAUCCAGGCAAGCCACACAUCAUCACAUCAAACCUUGAACAUGACUCUAUCAAACUACCUCUGGAGCAUCUAGUGAAUCAGGGAAUCGCUGAUGUGACCUUUGUACCAGCAUCUGUAGAAACAGGGAGAGUCGAGGCUGAUUCCAUCGUGAAAGCCAUUCAACCAACAACAUGCCUUGUCACCAUCAUGCAUGCAAACAAUGAAACAGGAGUCAUACAGCCAGUUGAAGAGAUCUUUCGUAGGUUGAAAGGAAUAUCCCAUGAUCCUUCCCAAGUUGUACCCAGAAUCCUCCUGCACACCGACGCCGCUCAGACGAUCGGGAAGAUUAGGGUAGAUGUUGACAUUCUUAACGCAGACUAUCUAACAAUUGUGGGCCACAAGUUUUAUGCUCCAAGGAUAGGUGCCUUGUAUGUCAGAGGUGGAGGAGUAACCAGUGAGAGGGGUGUACCACUGCACCCCAUGCUGUUUGGAGGGGGGCAAGAAAGGAACUUAAGACCGGGGACUGAGAAUACGGCUAUGAUAGCAGGUUUAGGAAAGGCAGCUGAGCUUGUUACUGAGAAUAUAGAGCAGUAUGAUUCCAAGAUGAGAAAAGUCCGAGAUUAUCUGGAAGAAUUGUUGAAGUCUACCUUUCCAGGUCAGGUUUGUUUCAAUGGGAAGCUGAAGGGAAGUGAGAGGAUACCCAAUACCUGCAAUGUUUCUUUUCUCGGCACUAAUCGUCAGGGAAGGAAGAUUUUAUCCAAGGUGAAGAGACUCCAGGCCAGUGUUGGAGCUGCAUGCCAUUCAGAUACCGGAGACAGACCAUCGCAUAUUUUGCUUGCCAUUGGAGUUCCAAACGAGGUGGCCACCAAUGCCUUAAGACUGAGCGUUGGACGUCACACCACUCUUGAAGAUAUUGAUGCAGUUGUUAAGGACAUCCAAGACUCUCUGGAAACAUUGAAGUCAGAGGUUGACUCAUAGACUUGUAUCGUAGUAUUCUGCUAAUACCAGGAAAGGACCACCAAUGCCUUGAGGUUGAGUGUUGGACGUUACACCACUCUU